AUGGCUCGUUCACAAUCAUCAGAUAUUGAUGGAUGCAUUCAGUGGGCUAAAGAUAAUGGUUCUACAAUCCCCGACUUUUACGAAUUUAAAAAAACACCUGGGUUUGGUGUCUCAUGUUUCAGCGCUGCUAACACCACUACUUCCCAACAAGGAACGCCUCCUAGUAUUAAAGUGCCCCGCAAAUUAUUGAUUACAAAUGAUGUGGCCAAAGAAUAUUUCCAGAUUGCUGAUAAUUUGAAUAACUAUCCAAACAAUACAUUAAUUAAAAGCUUUCUAUGCGUUUUUAAGUUUGGUAACGUUGAUGCUGCUAGAAAUAAUUUUUUUUCCCCAUACAUAAAUGUAUUACCUGAUACAUUGACUACAUCUUUAACAUGGAGUGAUGAGCAAUUAGAGAUGUGCAAAGGGACAGAUUUAUAUUUGAAAACAAAGCGUUUAAGAAACAAAAUACAAGAAGAAUAUGAAAAAUAUUGUGUUCCUUUAUUUAACAAUAGAUCUGAAUGCAAACCCUGUAUUACUGAUUAUUUAUGGGCACAUUCGAUUAUAACAUCAAGAGGGUUCCCAUCUAUUUUAUUGAAUGACAAGAGGAAUUCUGAAAAUGCAUUUUUGUUGCCCAUCAUAGAUUUUUUCAAUCACAAGGCAGAUACAAAAACCAAAUGGACACCUGUUGUAGAUACUAAUAAUGAGGUUAUUGAGAUUGAGUUUUCCACUUUAGAAAAAUAUCCAAAACCAAACUUGGAGAUCUUUAAUAACUAUGGUAUGGAAAAAUCCAACGAAGAUUUAAUUAUCAACUAUGGGUUUUUGUUAGAGGACAACAAGUAUGAUUCUAUUUCUUUGAACUUGAAACUUGGGGAUGAAGAAGCUAUUGAAAUUGCUCGAAAAAUGCCAUAUAACAUUAAGUUUGACGAUGUUCUUGGAGAUGCUGUUAGAUUUGACAUCAAGCGUUCUGUCGUAUUCCCGGUAGAAGUUUUAAAAUUUUUUUCUUAUAUUUGCAAAUUAAGAUCGGAAAAUUAUCUCACGUUGAGAAGCACUUUUGAAGGAUUGGACCAAUUGGCAGGAAUCCUAUCCGGGAAAAUCGCUUUUUUCAAACGGAAAGAUGGUGUUAGGAGCAACGGAUUAACGGGAAGGGACGAUUUGAUCAUCAGAAUUAUUAAAUUGUAUAAAACUACGCAGAGGAAAUUAUUUCAGAAUAAUUUAGAUAUAGUUGAACAUUAUCAAAAGCAACUAAUGGAUAUGAAAAAAAACCAAAUGAUUUCCUUUAAGCAGGUUUUUAAACGUGACAAGAUAUUUGCUAAUGCUUUGCUUUUAGCUUUUGGCUGUGAAAAUUACGAAAGUCUAGGUGCUAAAAAAAUAUUGAAUCAUUGUUUAAUGUUGUGGUUAAUACGAUUAAAAAAUUGUUAUGACAAGGGCGAAGAAUUUGAUUGGUGUCCCUUUUUCAUCAUUGAGAAAAUUUUAGUUAUAGACAACAAUAUUUCAAUUGAGCGGGAAGAUAUUGAAGAGUACGGACCAGUGUAUAAAUCAUUAUUUCCCAAAUUAUCCAGAGAUGUUCCAGAUGUUUUCAAUGUUGGUAAUUGGGGGAUUAGACAGUUUAUUGUUGCAGCUGAAGUCGUUGAUAAGUUAUGUUGGACAAGAGGUGUAAAUAAUGAAACCUAUAUCAUGGAACAAGUUCCAUAUAAUAUUGUGUAG